AUGGCUCCUCCCAAGAAGACCGCCGCCCCUAAGGAGAACAUCUCCCUGGGCCCCUCCGUCCGCGAUGGCGAGCUCGUCUUUGGCGUUGCUCGUAUCUUCGCCUCUUUCAACGAUACCUUCGUCCACGUCACCGAUCUCAGUGGCCGUGAGACCAUCACCCGUGUCACUGGUGGCAUGAAGGUCAAGGCCGAUCGUGACGAGUCCUCCCCCUACGCUGCCAUGUUGGCUGCCCAGGACGUCGCUGCUCGAUGCAAGGAGCUGGGCAUCAACGCCCUCCACAUCAAGAUCCGUGCCACUGGUGGUAACGGUACCAAGACCCCCGGACCCGGUGCCCAGUCUGCUCUCCGUGCCCUUGCCCGUGCUGGCAUGAAGAUCGGCCGUAUUGAGGACGUCACCCCUACUCCCUCCGACUCUACCCGCAGAAAGGGUGGUCGCCGUGGUCGCCGUCUCUGA